AUGGCGCAGCAAGAACAUCAGAGGGACCGAGCAAAAUUCUGCUGUUCCAUCUGUCUGGAUCUACUGAAGGAUCCGGUGACUAUUCCCUGUGGACACAGCUACUGCAUGAACUGUAUUAAAACCCACUGGGAUGGAGAGGAUGGGAAGAAAAUCUACAGCUGCCCUCAGUGUAGGCAGAGCUUCACACCGAGGCCUGUCCUGGUAAAAAGCACCAUGUUAGCAGAUUUGGUGGAGGAACUGAAGAUGACUGCACUCCAGGCAGUUCCUGCUGAUCACUGCUAUGCUGGAGCUGAAGAUGUGGCCUGUGAUGUCUGCACUGGGAGAAAACUGAAAGCCCUCAAGUCUUGUUUGGUGUGUGUGGCCUCUUUCUGUGAGAAACACCUUCAAUUUCAUUAUGACUCAGCUCCGUUCAGGAAACACAAGCUGGUGGAGCCCUCCAAGAAGCUGCAGGAGAACAUCUGCUCUCGUCAUGAUGAGGUGAUGAAGCUGUUCUGUCGCACUGAUCAGCAGAGUAUCUGUUAUCUCUGCUCAAUGGAUGAACAUAAAGGCCACGACACAGUGUCAGCUGCAGCAGAAAGGACUGAGAGGCAGAGAGAGCUGGAGGUGAGUCGACAAAACAUCCAGCAGGGAAUCCAGGACAGAGAGAGAGAUGUGAAGCUGCUCCAACAGGAGGUGGAGGCUAUCAGUCGCUCUGCUGAUAAAGCAGUGGAGGACAGUGAGAAGAUCUUCACUGAGCUGAUCCGUCUCAUGGAGGAAAGACGCUCUGAUGUGGAGCAGCAGGUCAGAUGGCAGCAGGAAACUGAAGUGAGUCGAGUCAAAGAGCUUCAGGAGAAGCUGGAGCAGGAGAUCACUGAGCUGAAGAGGAAAGACGCUGAGCUGAUGAAGCUCUCACACACAGAGGAUCACAACCUGUUUCUACACAACUACCCCUCACUGUCAGCACUCAGUGAAUCCACACACUCAUCCAGCAUCAACAUCCGUCCUCUGUGCUUUGAGGAUGUGACAGCAGCUGUGUCAGAAGUCAGAGAUAAACUACAGGACGUUCUGAGGGAGACAUGGACAAACAUCUCACAGACAGUGACUGACGUGGAUGUUUUACUGUCAGAUUCAAAACCAGAGCCCAAGACCAGAGCUGAGUUCUUAAAGUAUUCACGUGAAAUCACACUGGAUCCAAACACAGCAAACAGAGAGCUGUUAUUAUCUGAAGGGAACAGAAGAGCAACAUUAGUGAAAAAGCAACAGUCUUAUCCCAGUCACCCAGACAGAUUUGACAAAUGUUGUCAGGUCCUGAGCAGAGAGAGUCUGACUGGACGUUGUUACUGGGAGGUGAAGUGGGAAGAAGCGGGAGUUUGUGUCGCAGUCGCCUACAAGAACAUCAGCAGAGGGGGCUCAGAUGACUGUAGAUUUGGACAGAAUGAAAAAUCUUGGGCGUUACAUUCUUACCGAAAUCAUAGUUAUACCUUUUGGUACAACAAAGUCCAAACUCCCAUCCCAACUCCUAUCCAAUGUCGUAAGACCUUCAGAAUAGGAGUGUACCUGGAUCACAGUGCAGGUAUUCUGUCCUUCUACAGCGUCUCUAAAACAUGCAUGACUCUCCUCCACAGAGUCCAGACCACAUUCAGUCAGCCUCUCUAUGCUGGAUUUUGGUUUUAUUACAUUGAUGACACUGCAGAGUUCUGUAAACUCAAAUAG